AUGCCAGUGACGAUUAGAAGAGCGACUAUAGACGACAUCAUUUGCAUGCAAAAUGCUAAUCUGCAUAAUUUGCCCGAAAAUUAUAUGUUGAAAUACUACAUGUACCACGUCCUAUCGUGGCCUGAAGCCUCUUUCGUGGCCACUACAACCGAUGUAAAUGAACCCGGCCUUGAAGAUCUCACUUUGGAAGAUGGAGCAGGUAAGCAGAUCAAAUUGAACUCAAACUAUGUGGCACCAGGUGAGAAACUUGUAGGCUACGUUUUAACCAAGAUGAAUGACGACCCAGAUCAACAAAAUGAAGCUCCUAAUGGACACAUCACAUCGUUGAGUGUUAUGAGAACAUACAGAAGAAUGGGGAUCGCAGAGAAAUUGAUGAGACAGGCCCUAUUCGCUUUAAGAGAGGUUUAUCAAGCAGACUACGUCUCAUUACAUGUAAGACAGUCCAACAGAGCGGCUUUACACCUUUAUAGAGACACUUUGGAGUUUGAAGUGCUAACCGUGGAAAAAUCCUACUACCAGGAUGGUGAAGAUGCAUAUGCGAUGAAAAAAGUCUUGAAAUUAGACGAAUUGCAUCCCAAGAACUUUGCUCAUCCAAAAUCCAGCACUGAAAGACCUGAAGAUGAUUUGGAAAGUGAUCUCCUGGAAGACGUCGCCGUAUAA